GUGAAUUGACACAGAAAAACCACAUGAUUUUCCACAAUAAAAAGGAAGAAUUUGGUUAUGAAAUUGUCCAUUCUUCAAAAUCCUUACAUAAAACUUGCUAAAACAAACAAACAAAAAGAAGCUAAUAACAAUGAUGGAUUCAUGAGAAGAAUUUGCACUAGUAGAAGAAAGAGAAGAGCUAAUGAUUUCACCCAUUGAUGAUGAUGAAGAAAAAGUAAAACCCAUUUUCAGAGUUGCCCAUUUUCUUGAACCAACCUUACCCUCUUCCCAAAAACCCCCAUUUCUCCCUUCAAGGCCCAAAAUUCAAGAAUUGAUGACAAAAUCUUGUCUUUCUUCACUAAAUGUGAAGUUUAGAGGUGGGGUUAUGUAUAUGAAUGGAUGGUGUAAAUGGGUUGAUGAGUUGAAGCCUUUAUAUGAAAAAACAUGGGAAAAAGCUGGAAUCUUUGAAGCUAUUACAGCUUCAACAUUCAAGGUUCAUUUUCAGAGUGAUUUGAUUCUUGCUCUUGGUGAAAAAUGGUGUUUGGAGACAAACACAUUUAUUUUACCAUGGGGUGAAUCAACUGUUACUUUGGAGGAUUUGUUAGUUUUAGGUGGUUUCUCUGUUUUAGGUCAAUGUGUGUUGAAACCUGUUGAAAUGGAAGAAAGAGUUGGGGAGGUUUAUAAAGUUUUUAGAGAAAAGAAAGUGAAUCUUUAUCAUCAUGCCUGGAUGGAGUAUUUUAAAGGGAAAGGUGGUAAUGACCAUUUAGAGCAUGUUGCAUUUUUGACCCUUUGGUUGUCUAGGUUUGUUCUUCCUAAAAAUAGUUUUCAAAAUGUGGAUAAAGGUGUUAUCCCUAUUGCAUUUCAUCUUUCUCAAGGUACUCCAAUAGCACUUGCCCCUGCUGUUCUUGCUACCAUUUAUCGGGAUUUGAACUUGCUUAAACAGUUCAUUAUUGUAUCUUCGUCGAAGCAUACAGAACAUAGUAGUGGUUUAAAGUGUAUAGAGGAUGAGUCGGAGCUUAUCCUCCGUGCUCCUCUUCAAUUUGUUCAGCAAUGGGCAUGGGAGAGAUUUAUCCCUUUGCAGCCUAAGCCUAGUGAUGUUUUCUGUGGCGUCCUUACGCUAUUGCUGAAUAAUUGGGACGUUACGAGAUUUUACAAUGAUAGGGAGGGAUGUGUGAUGGUUGGACCAAAUAUGGAAAGAGAAAUCAUGAUAUUUGCUAGACUUAUUCGAGCUUCUGAACUAGUUGGAGCUGUAUAAUCCACAUAGAGUAUGUAUGCAAUUUGGAUUCGAUCAAGAUGUGCCCGCUUGUGUGAAUCAUGCGUGGAGAAAUUAUGACAGACCAAUUAAAGAUGCCAACCUCUAUAUACCUUCUAGGCUCUUCGAGUCAGAUAUUAGCACACGAUACUUGGAGUGGUGGAAGGACCAAAACGUUGGAUCAGACAAUUCUUUUUAGCGUGUAAACAAGGGAAAACGGUCUACAACUCAUGGAAGGAUUCCAAGACUAUCGUGGGGACACAACGAAAAGUUGAAUGCCUCUGUAUGUCAUGAAUUUGUGCAGAAAUGUGAUGAGGUUAAAACAGACGGAACUCAAAGGGAUAAAUCUUCUUCAGCUUUGAAUGAUGGAACUCGAACUCCCAUCCAAGGGAAGGCCUUAAUAGAAUCAAAACCGAUAAAAUCAGAGGAAUUAGAUGGAGAUGAGGCAUAUAAAGUUAAAGAAAUGGUGACACUAGAGAGCAAGGAUAUCAACGACAAAUUAGGUGGUUGUAAGGUCAACUUGCCUGAUCGUUUGGAACUUCCAAGUGAGGGUCCAAAAGCAAAUAGGUGCGAUGGUAGAUAUGCAGAAUUUUCGAGAAGUGGUAUUGCUAAAAUGAGUUUGCAGAUAAGAAAUGAUCCAGUGGAACCACAUAAGGUAACUACAAAUGUUAUCAAUAGGACUGAAGGAAAUAUGCAGAUGGAAAACAUUGAAAUGAUCGAUAUUGCGAAACUUGAGAGGAGGAUUAAAAACCUUGAAAACAUCAAUUCUGGAAAGGUUCCAGUGCCCAGGAAAAGGUGAAAGCAAGACAAAGCUAAAAAUAUAGUGUUGAUGCUUCUCUAAGAAGUUGUUUAGUUUUCUCUAUUGAUUAUUUCACGAAGACAUAUCGAUAUGAUACUCUCUCGUUCUUCUCUUGCUAAGAACAAUUUCAUUGAACUAGUGGAAUGAAUUACAAUUAUCUCAGCUUUACAAUUGUAUUAUGCUUCAUAUCACUAAUUUAGUUUGUUUAGAUCUUUCUCACUUUUCUGCUCUGCCUUCAAGACUGUAACAGGCUCGACGAAAGCAAUUUUGCGUAGUGUAGGGUUCCUUAAAAAAUGGGAACACUCUCUAAGCACAAGACUUUCUCCAUUCCCGGAGCAUGAAGCUGAAACUUCUUGUUAAGGAUGGUAGGAUCGUUAAGAAAUCAUCACCAACUUAAUCAAUAUAUAAGAUUUUUCAUAAAGAAUCUCGAAUAUUCAUAGAGUUGUAGCAAAUAACAGAGGAUUUUAAGACGGUCCUUACUUUGCGCGCAAUAAUAAAAUUCAUGUUUUGAAUAACCAAUUGUGUGUAAUUCUAUUUAAUAAAAAUUCUCAAUACUUGUUCAUCCUGUCUCUGGCUCUCCUCGACCCCACUAUAGCCAAUCCCUCACAUCUCCUUAUUGGGGCAUCACACAUCACCUCUUCACACAGACAAACCACCUCAAUCUCCAUUCCCUAAUUUUGUCCACCACGGAGGUUACUCCUACUUUUAAUAGAAUACCUUCAUUCUCAAUCCUAUAACUCCGAGUAUGUCCACAGAUCCAUCUCAAUAUUCUCAUUUUUGUCACUUACAUUUUUUUGCUUUUUUUAUUUAUUUAUUAAUAACAAACAUAGAAAAUUCUCAAUAGGAAUAAGUACAAGCAAGGAAGACUAGGUCUUACCUUACCAAUUCUAAUGAGAUAUCUAUCCUCUACUAAUUAACAACCAUGAAGAAAAUAGGAGUUAGAGACACUAGAUAUUGUAUGAUCAUCAUAAAGUUUAUAAUACACUCUAUGAUGAUAUUACAAGUGAGGAUUAUUAAGUAAUAAAAAAUCAUAAAAGCCAAUCAAGGAGAAAGUUGAGUUAUCAACCUCAACCUUUCUUUUAUAAAUGUAUAACUAUAAAAGAUAGAUUGACCUUCUAAAGGAACUUAAAUAUGUUUCUGUUGUCUCUUACUCUAAAACAAUGUCUGUAUUUGACAAAGUUAUAAAAAUUAAAGAAUAAAAUAUUUGUAGAAAAAAUUUACCUUACAAAAGGUCUUUUCAGACCAAUAUUUCUGUUUGUUCUUACUUGCUUUAAAAAAAUUGUUUGUGACAUAAAUGUUUGAGACAUGUCAAUUACACAACCUAUGUUGAAAGGAAUUUUAAUCCCUUAGAAUUCAUUUACAGUAUUGACAUUUGUGAUAUGAAGUCAACACCAUCUCGUGGUGGAAAAAAGUGUUCCAUAAAUUUUAUUGACAAUUGCACUAGAUACUGUUAUGUCUAUUUGCUGAAUGAAAAGAAUGAAUGCAAUAUAAAACUGAACUUGAAAAUCAGUUGGAUAAAAAGAUUGUCAUUAUUAAGAGUGGUAGAUCUGGAGAAUAUGAAUCUUCUUUUGCAGAAAUAUAUUUGGAAAAUGGAAUCAUGCUUUGAAUUACUGCACAUACUCACCUCAAUUUAGUGAAAUUGUUGAUAGGAAAAAAAAACUGAACUUUGAAGAAAAUGUUGAAUAUCCUACUUAUUAGUUCGGAUUUACCACAAAAUUUGUGGGGGGUGGGGGUGGGGGUGCUAUCAUUAUAGCAUAAGAGAACAACAAAAAGUUUGUUUGUUCAGAAAGAGAGAAACAAAAAGCUUUUUUUAAACACUAGACAAAAUAGGUGCCUUUUAUUAGAAAUAAAAUCUCAAUAGGGAUAAGUACAAAUAAGGGGGGCUAGAACUUACCUUACCAAUCCUAAUGCGGCAACAAACCUCUACUAACUAACAAGCAUGAAGAAAUACGAGCUAGAGAAAACUAGAUAUUUUGUGAUCACCACAGAGUUUGUAAUACUCUCUAUGAUGAUAUUACAUAUGAGGAUGCCUAAAUAGUGCCUAUGAUUUUCAUCUCAUUUAUGAUUUUAAAAAGAAUUGAUUUGCCAUCUAAAGUAACUUUUAGUAUUUUGCUUUUGUCUUCAUCUUCAAACUAUCCAACAACACUUGAUACUUCAUCACUUCUUCUUGGAAUUAUUGGAUCUUGUUGAAUAUGUUGACACUGUCAUAUGAUUCUGCUUUGCUAGUCACAUUGGUAAGUGCCUUGGAACAAACUCCUCAGUCACGUUGCCAUCCCAACAAUUCUUUCUUCCAUGUUUCUUUUUGUUAUUGCGUUGUUGCGUAGGAGAAAUAUUUGCAUCCCUAGCUGCAUUCUCAAAGCACUGAUCCAACCAAUCCUCUUCAUCACUUUCCUCAUCUCGUAGGUUAGCAAACUUAUUUGGGGCAUCAGACCUUCCCAAUGCAUCACUUGUCACUCACAGAAAUUUUUUUAACAUUAGAACCAACAACUACAUGCUGCCUAUGAUUUUCAUCUGAUUUAUGUGCAUUAACAUCACCUAAUUUCUGUCGAGAAUCAACUAGUGAUGCACCAACCACAACUCUUGAAUUUGUAUCCUCCAAUCUUUGAGAUACACCAUGAUGUGCAUUCAAUAUAGUAGUUGCACAUGUCGAAGAACCAAUUUUUAUCACAUUUUGAUUAUCCUCAACGACAACCAAUUGUGAUGCCUCAAUAGUUGCCAAAGUUGAGGCAUGCUCUGGUUUUUGGACGUGCCCCCCCUCGCCCCCCAAAGCCUUAUUAGAUUCGUGUUCAAUGCAUAUAGCAACUGAAUAUUUCUCCAUGACAUUAGGAUCAAAUUCAACAGUAGCAAUACCUAUUCGAAUAUUGUCCAUAGGAAUAAUUUGAUUUCCAACAAUUGUUUUGAUAUUAACUAGAUUGUUUUGGACCUCAGCAACACCUUGUGCAUUAGAUUUUGAUGCUUCAGUUAUCGACAAUACAUUG